AUGGUGUAUGCCCAGAAGUAGACAUGUGUCAAAUAUUUUUUUUCACUCAAUAAGUAGAAAACGUCCGAAUGUUUGAUAUUUUUUUUUUUAAAAAAAGCAAAAAACAACGAUCAGCGUACAAUAAGACAGCGGUCACUUUUAAUUUCUAACCUUUGAUAUUUUGAUGAUUCACCAAUAAAUAGUGUCUUAUAAAAAGUAAUUGGACUGAGUAGUAGAUCGUACUAUUGCGUUCGAACAGGACAUACAAAAAGAACUUUGUCAUAAAACGAAAAUCACAUCGCACAUUUUUCAGUAACUCAAUUAUUUGUGAGUAAUAUAUAUAUAUAUAUAUAUAUAUUUGUGUACAUGUAUAUAUAUAUAUACAUUUAUAUGUGAUCAAGUGAAACUGACAAAUUGUCUAAGAUCAAAAUAUAUUUUCUUGCAAUAAGUUUUUAUUUUGUUGCUCUCUCUCUGUAACAUGGCAAAUACUGGCUUAUUAAUUCUAACAAAUCCUGCAAGAGUGAGAAAGUUGUUGCCCGUAAUUAAGAAGCAUGUUCUAAAGACGCUAUAUAUUCAAUAUCUUCCGGAAAAAAAUUGUCUCGCAACAGAAAAUUAUAAUAUCAGAACUGUGCAACGAAGAGAUUCUCAAUAUUCGAAGAAUAUUGUUGAUAUAUAUGAAAAUACUACUACGAUUGCUUCUCGACUCGAUGUUCGUAUUCUGCUUACCAACAUAAAGAAUCCUGAGAAAUCCAUUAUAAAGACCAAAAAACCUGUAGAAAUUGUCAUCUUUGAUCGAAGAUGCAGCAAGAAAGAAGCGGAUACGUUUAUACAAGAUCGAUUAGCUAACACCUCAGUAAAUUAUAGUUUUAUUACUUGUAAUAACGAUCAAGAUCAGAACGAUCACAAGGAUGUGGAAUAUGUUGUUCAAGAUAUGAAGACUUAUAAGAACGUAGUUCUUGGCGGAACGUUUGAUCGUUUGCACAACGGUCACAAGAUUUUACUGAGUGAAGCUGUUUUGCGCUGCACAGAGAAGCUUACAGUUGGUGUAACAGAUACUAACAUGCUUUCUGGUAAAUUACUAUGGGAACUCAUUCAACCAUGCACACAAAGAAUAAAUGGAGUUAAGGAGUUCUUGGAAGAUGUAGAUUCGUCAAUAGCAUACAAUGUUGUUCCUAUCACUGAUAUAUAUGGACCUACUAAGGAAGAUCCAUUAUUAGAAAUGUUAGUUGUAAGUCAAGAAACACAACGUGGAGGUGAUAAAAUCAAUGAAUUACGUUUGCAAAAAAACUUAAGUAAAUUAGAUAUUCAUGUAGUGGAACUAGCAGCUGAUGAAUGCCACAAUAAACAUGAAGAAACAAAAAUCAGCUCUAGCAAUCAUAGAAUACGAUUGCUUGGCACAAGACUUCAAGCUCCGAGAAAUGAUAAACCUUUAAAACCUUAUGUUAUUGGUUUAACGGGUGGUAUUGCAAGUGGAAAGUCAUCAGUUGCUGAAAAAUUGCAAAAACUUGGUGCUGGUCUCGUGAAUUGUGAUAAACUUGCUCACGAUUUAUAUCUACCUGGUAAAGAUUGUUAUCGUGCUAUAAUUGAACAUUUUGGUCCUUCUAUUCUGAGCUCAGAAGGAUUUAUAGAUAGAAAACUACUUGGUAACAUAGUGUUUAAUGAUAAAGAACAAUUGGAAAAUUUAAAUAAAUUAAUUUGGCCUGCAAUUCUACAAGAAGCUAAAAAAGAAAUAAAUAUUCUUUAUUCGAAAGGUUAUGAAAUCAUUGUAAUGGAAGCAGCAGUUUUAAUUCAAGCUAAAUGGCAAGACAAAUGUCAUGAAAUUUGGUGUUGUAUCAUUCCACAAAAUGAGGCUGUGAAACGAGUAAUGGAUAGAAAUAAAUUGUCAGAAGAAGCAGCAAAACUGAGAAUCAGCAUACAACCAAGUAAUAUAGAACAGGUAAAAGAAGCCACUGUUGUCAUAUGUACUUUAUGGUCUCAUGAGUUUACAUUGGAACAAGUAGAAAAAGCAUGGAGAGAACUGACAACGAUUUUAUCUAAAGACACAAAAUAAAUCUGAAGUUUUUUAUGUUUUAUGUUGUACAUAUGAUGUAAUAGUUUAUAAAUUAUACGUUUUUUUUGUGUACAGAAUAAUUAAACUAUUCUGUGAUAUAAUAUCUGUAAAUGAAAACUAGUAACAAUUUUAUAUACAUUUCUGCCUUGCAUGUAAAUACAAUACA